GGAGGAAGGCUGGAGGAGCAGCCAUGGCCAAAGUGUGGCAGCACCCGUAUCUGAAUGUCUUCAAGCACUUUAAAGUGGAGGAAUGGAAAAGGUCUACCAAAGAGGGCGAUGUGACAGCUUUCAUGGACAAGACUCUGAAAGGGACCGUGUAUCGCAUCAGUGGUGCGGUUCCUGCAAGUAACUACCUCCAGCUUCCCAAGACCAGUACGCAGUCCCUGGGCCUUACUGGUCGGUACCUCUACAUUCUCUUCAAGCCGGCCCCAGCCAAAUAUUUUGUGGUGCACCUGGACGUUGCCACGGAGGACAGCCAGGUGGUCCGUAUCUCGUUUUCCAACCUCUUCAAAGAGUUCAAGUCGACAGCCACGUGGCUGCAGUUCCCCUAUGUUUGUGGGGCAGCCAGAGGGUCGGUCUACGAAAGCACAGCCAAACCUUCCAAAAGAGAUCUGGUGGGCCUGGCCCCCAGCAACGCGCGGUGGACUUGCCUGCUCCUUGACCUCCGCCACAUUCUCGCCCUGUACUUGAACCGAAGCUACAGCCAUCUCAAGAGCGUCAAGCUCUGUUCCAACCUGCUGGUGAAAAACCUGUUCACUAGUGACUUGCUCUUCGACCCAGCUGUGAGCUUCUCUGAGGCCCAUCAGUCCAAACUGACGUUGCGUGGCGUUUCACCCAUGCCGCGAGAAAUGGCGUUUCCUGUGCCAAAAGGCGAAACUUGGCAUGACCUCUACGAUUAUGUUAGGUUUCCUUCUGAUGGAUCCAAGUUGCCGUUUGACUCUAUUCAAAAAGGCACUUUGAAUCCUGCUGCAGUUCAUAUAGAAGAUGAUCCAAUUAGCCAGGUGCCGAAGGAAGUAUCUCUGAGCAAACCCGUUCGGGACAGAGUAUCUCUUAUCCAACAAAUUACCAGUCCCAAAGAGAUGCCACGCCAGUCUCCCCUUCUUACAAAGACCAUCCCCAAGAUCCACCGGGCAGCCUCUGAGCCUCUGCAGACAGCGCGCACCCUGGACCAUGCAUACUGGAGAGAAGGGCCGCAAGCCGGAGGUGAUUCCAGUCUCCUGAGGCCUGUAGUGGACGACGGCAGCAUUCACGUUUAUGCCCACAAAAAUGGGGAUGGCACUGCCCACGCAGUCAGUGUGGACUCUGAUGAGAAUAUGUAUACGCAAAUGCCAGGACCAAAGGUGAUCUCUGCCAAGAAUUCUGCCCGCUCCACGAGGCUCUUACCAGAUCCAAUCCUGAAGCUGAAGAGGAUUAUUGGGUUUGGAGGCUGCAGUACCAGAUGGGCUCUGUGGGCUGCAAAUGGCUCUGUGGUGGUCUAUCCCUGCCAUGCUCUGAUCAUAGCAGUAGCGCUAGACUCUGGCAGGCAGAGGUUCUUUGCUGGCCACACUGAUAAGGUGGCAGCACUGGCCUUCAAUGGCAACACCACUUUGCUGGCGUCUGCGCAGACCGGUCAACUGAGCGUGAUGCGUCUCUGGGACUUCCCGACGGGGGAGUGCCUCAGCAUGUUCAAAACGGGCAUGCAUUCGGUCUCUUGCCUCAGCUUUUCCUACAGUGGGAGUGUCUUGUGUGGGACUGGGAAAGACAGUCACGGGAAAACAGUGGUGGUGGUGUGGAACACCCUUCAAGCGCAUCAUGGGGGAGAGGUGGUGAUGCUGGCCAAGGCGCACACAGACGUGGACAUCCAGACCAUAAAGAUCGCCUUUUUUGACGAUACCAGGAUGGUGUCAUGCGGGCGAGACAACGUGAGGCUGUGGCGGGUCCGGAGUGGAGCUCUGCGCUCCUGCCCGGUCAACUUGGGCGAAUACCGUUCCCUGGAGUUCACGGACCUGGCCUUUGAGGCAGGCCAUUCCACCCAGCGCGAGCCGGAAGAUCGGACGUUGUUCGUUUGCAGCAGGAGCGGGCACGUUUUGGAAAUCGACUACAAAAACGUCUUCGUCAGAAAUGCCCGGCGCCUCCUACCGUCCGAGGUCCAGCACGCUCACCGGCGGGAGAAGCAAACGUUUAACUCAGGCCCUGGGAUUGCACUAAACAGUAUAUGCCUCUCUUCAAGUUUCUGUGCCACGGCCUCGGAAGAUGGCUACUUACGCCUGUGGCCUCUGGAUUUCUCUGAAGUCUUCUUGGAAGCAGAACAUGACAACCCGGUGUGUUCGGUUCAAAUCAGCCCAGAUAAUCUGAAGGUUUUGUGCACAACCACCACUGGGAAUGUGGGCUGCCUAGACAUCCAGUCCAGGGACUACUGCACGAUCAUGCGCUCCCACAUGGAUUGUGUUUUGGCCUUCUCUGUGGCGGGAUCCCAGAAGCAGCUUGUGACCGUGUCUCAGGAUAACACCAUCCGCAUCUGGAACCUGGAAUCUAUGCAACAGCUGUAUGAAUUCACUGCCUCCGAUGAAACACCAUGUGCCGUGGCUUUUCAUCCCUCCCAACAUAUUUUUGCUUGCGGUUUUGCUUCUGGCAUGGUGAGAACCAUCAGCCUGGCUGCCUCAAAACUGCUUGAGGAACACAGGCAGCACCGUGGUACGAUCACUGGUUUGACCUUCUCCCCGGACGGCAAUUUUAUGUACAGUUCCUGCGCUCACGGGACCCUGGCUCUUUAUAACUGUGCCAUCCAGAAAAGUCACACCGUCAGAGUUCUGGCUAAUGUGGUGUCACAAGAUGCCGAUCACGGUCCUGACGCGCUGUCUGUGAGUUGCGAUGGACGUCUCUUGGCCUUCGUGGGACCUUCCAAAUACAUUGUGACUCUCAUGGACGCUCAUACGCUAGACGAGCUACUGAGAAUCGAUGUGAGCAUCCUGGACCUGGACAGCACCGUCCUGGACGUGGCUGAGAGACUCUGUUUUGCUCCUAUUCCUCUUGGCCACCUUUUGGUAACAACCGCCUCCCAAAAGGUUCUUGUGCUCGAUGCCAAGACCGGACGCCUGAUCAGAGCGGUCUCACAAGUACACAAACAGUCUUGUUCUUCGUUGGCCUUGAGCCCUGAUGCCCGGUACCUCCUGACGGCUGGCGAUCGGGUUAUCAAGGUGUGGGACUGUGGGAUGAGAUUUGACGUCAACUCCCAGGUGUUCAUUGGCCAUUCUGAGCCGGUACGGCAGGUGAGGUUCACCCCGGACCAAAAGCACGUCAUCAGUGUCGGAGACGCCAUCUUUCUGUGGGAUUUCCUAGGUGUGUUUGCAGAGGAGUCCUCCAAGGAUGAGAUCCGUUCCCCUGAGUCCUUGAACUCUCCCCGAGCUGAAGCCGAUCUUGAAGACUCACACAAGUUGACACCCGGGGCCAGUGACGUUCCCCGCCAGCUGAUCCCUGUGCCGUCCGCCGUGUUCCCGUCGUGUCUGGACCUCAGUUCUAUCCAACGCAUGGCAGAUGAGGAUACUUUUUCUGAAUCUGAAGAAGAGCAGGAAGCAUAUCUGAAAGGCGACGGUGGAGAGGUUGUGAACAGGAAUAACGUUCACUCAGUUCUUGCUUUGAAGCAAGCAGGCCGUAGCGAAGAGCCUCUAGCCGUGAAACCUGAAGUCGUGCAACCUUCUUCAAGAUCCCGCAGCCAUGCAGGGAGCGAAUGCAGAAAGGAAAUCAAAGGAUCCGAACCCCAAAACAUGAUGCGCCCAGACUGCUACCGGCAUUUUAGCCCUCGUUUCAAAACAUCCGCACCCCCUAAGGCGUUCUCCCCUCCUCUGCCUGCUAGCGAGGGCUUGAAACUAAAAACUGUCAUUGGCUACAACGGGAAUGGCCGGGGAAAUAUGGUCUGGAAUCCAGAUACAGGUUUCUUUGCCUACAGCUGUGGCUGUGUGCUCAUCGUUGAAGACCUGCACUCUGGAUCCCAGCAGCAUUGGCUCGGCCAUCCUGAGGAGAUUUCAACAUUAGCUGUUAGCCAUGAUGCUCAGGUCCUCGCCUCUGCCUCCGGCCAAGGCCGUGGAGACACCCGCUGCCAAAUUCGCAUCUGGGACGUUCAGAACGGGACCUGCCAAAAAGUUCUGUUCCAUCACGAGACCCAAGUGCAAGCCAUGGCGUACUCUCGGGAUGACCGCCUCCUUGUUACUCUAGGGGAUUACGUCGGCAGAGUCAUUGCCCUGUGGAACGCCCACACUUAUGACCUGAUGUCCUCCACCCGCUUCUCUGAGCCGGUCCACGAAGUGGCCUUUAGUCCACUUUCCGUGGGACACCUUGCCUGCGUGGGGAAGGGAGCGGUGACUUUCUGGCUAAUGGAGCAACAGGGCACUGACAUCAGCCUCAAGGUUCACAGAGUCCCUGUCCCUGAUGCGAUUGGUCCAGUGGAGCUUACAUCACUGUGCUACAGCCCUGGCUGCCUUCUGUACACCGGAACCAGCACAGGACAGAUCUGUGUGUGGGACACGGAGACCAAUUGCUGCUUCAUGACUUGGGAGGCUGUGGAGGGCGAGAUCGGUGUCCUGCAGUGUCACGGUAAGAGGCUCGUCAGCGGCAGCAACACCAAGAAAAUCCAGCUUUGGUCAGUAGCGGCAGUUCAGGAGCUGAGAGUGAAAGGUUCGAGUGCCAGUUCUAGCUCGGUCCUCUUGGAACAGGAAAUGACCCUGGACGGAACCAUCGUCAGUGCCGCCUUUGACGAUGGUAUGGACAUGGGAAUUGUUGGCACUACGGCCGGGACGUUGUGGUACAUCAACUGGGCAGACAACACCAGCAUCCGGCUGAUCAGCGGGCACAAGAAUAAGGUGAGCGAGGUGGCCUUCAGCCCCGGAGAGUCUCACUGUGCUACCUGUGGUGAAGACGGCAGCGUGAGGGUGUGGUCUCUGGCCAGCAUGGAGCUGGUGGUGCAGUUCCAGGUGCUCAAUCAGAGUUGCCUUUGCCUGGCCUGGAGCCCGCCCCCCAUCUCAGGCAGCGGGGCAGAAAGCCAGCAUAUCGUGGCGGGGUAUAGCGACGGCACCAUCCGUGUGUUCAGCAUUUCCCGGACGGAGAUGGAACUGAAAAUGCACCCUCACUCUGUAGCUGUGACGGCGCUUGGGUAUUCUGCAGAUGGGGAAAUCAUCUUGUCCGGAGGCAAAGACGGGCUGAUGGCCGUCAGCAGCCCACGCACAGGCAUGACUGUCCGGGUCCUGACGGACCACCGCUCGUCCCCCAUCAACGUCAUCCACUGCACAAGGAAACAGCACACUGAAUUUGGGAUUGAAGGCGGUGAUUUGUGGCUGGCUGCAAGCGCUGAUCGCCGUGUCAGCGUGUGGGUCUCUGACUGGAUGAAGGACAAAUGUGAGCUCAUGGAUUGGCUAAGCUUCCCAGCCCCUACAGGCCCUGAGGUGCCCAACCCUUUACCUCCUAGCCUGGCAGCGUUUUGCCCUUGGGACAAAAGCACUCUUGUUUACGUGGGCUUUGGAUUGCAGAAGGAGAUUCUCUUCUACAGCCUGCAGCAGAAACAGGUCAUUGAGAAGAUUCCUCUGCCUUACUUUGCCACGUCACUGAACUUGUCUUCCGCUGACUGCAUCAUCGCUGUUGGCUUCAGUGAGCGUGUGCUGCGGCUGAUCGACCGCACGGCGAAGUCUGAGCAGGACUACCUGGGCCACGACGAUGCCGUUUGCCUCUGCAAGUUCACCCCGUCUGGCAAACUCCUCUUCACGGCUUCCUAUAACGAGAUCCUUGUGUGGCAGGUCGAGAGCAGAUGAACCGAGAGACGUCACCAGCUCCCCUGGCCUGAAGCCCAGCAGAACCAUGGGGACGCAACGGCUACCUCACAGCCCUGAAAAACGUGUCCUCGUGCUCCCGUUGCUCAACACCAGCUCCAAGCGCAGCAGCCAAAACUUCCUAUUGCCGGUGGUCUCCAAAGCUAACGCAGGGGCCCACAUGAGAACGGUCAGAUCCCAGCAGACGGAACUGUUCCAGAAUUUGAGCACCCUUCAAAAUGGCCUGGAGGUCAGCCAGAGCAUGAAGGGAUUGGGUGCAAGUGGCUCCCCCGCCGUUGUCGUUUUCCAUUCAGGCCUCCAGGUGUCUUACCUGCAAGUUGCCACACUGUGUGCGCAAUGGGGGAUUCCUCCAUUUCCCUACCUUUCCCCAGAAACUCUAGUUUGUCUCCUCUCUUUCCCAGUUCAAUAGGGUGGCUAGCUUGAUGGGAACUGGAAUUUGAGACGGAGAAGCUACUUUUGAGUGUCCCUCAGCUGUAGGCGUAACCGAGAUUUUAUGGAGAUGGUUUGCGCUCCUUUGACUGUUAAUCCCCCAUGAUUAACAGGCACAGAGUAACGAAUGCCACUCUCCCUUGCCGCACCUGAGAUGGGCAGAGGGUAUCACUCAGCUACCUUUCCUGAACACAAAGGUUCUAGGGUUGGCUGACCGCUGUGGUUGCCGUGCUGCCGGCCUUCCUGCUGAAAUGUUCCAAGCCCUGUGGAGAAAGGCAACGGCUAAGGCUGGUGGUUGAACUAUAAUUUUGGGAUUUGGGAAAUGGCAAAGAGAAUAAGAUGUUCUUUUUCUUAUUAUACAUUAGUUGAGUUCCUUGAUUCUUAGUAUUAAACAUGUAUAUAUGUGUGCAUAAUUAACUUAUAUUUUUCUAAGACUGAAUUCCUUCUUGCUCCUUCAUCCUACCCAGUACAACAAUUUGAUUUUAAGGUUGUGGCUUACCUGUUUUAUGUCGAGUGAGAAGGAGAAGAAUCCCCCAAUUUGCUGUAUUCUCUCAGCAGUAAGUUGUAUUAAAAACACACACCCCACAACCCUAAAUCUUAACCAUCCUCAGUACCUGGGGCAACCACUGAGUACAUUUCGUGAGUACAAAUUUGCCCCUUUUUUAAAAGGAGUGUUUUUAAGGAACGUUAUCGGGAAGAUUCUAGUUUUAUAUUCGGAAUUUGCGAGUGUGUCUUUCGCUUUGUUUUUAGAAUGCACGGAGGAUGGGGCAGUAGUUUCCUUUUGAAGUACAAAGUAGGUAAAAGGAAAACUGGUCUGAAGUCAGCAGUGAAAUGACUAAUAUCCCCGCUACUGAAGCGUGGCCUGUAAUAGCACAUAACGACAUUGCUACUGUAAAAUGGAAGGAGAAGAAAAGCUGAUUUGCUUGUGUUUAGUUUUCGAUUCCAAAUAAAUGAGUGUUUUGUGCGUUUGAA